UGCCAGUAGCUAUAGGUCUAUACACGCCUACAUUAUUUCAGGAAGGUGGCAGAGUGAGUAUUACAUAACAAACUGACUUCUUCAGUUUGCAUGAUCCAGACACAACCACUGUUUUGGGAAAUACCUGCUCAGUAGGAUUUUUAGACCAAGUCACUUUCGAAGAUGGAGCUGCCACCUCGUCCAACACUGUUUGACUUCCAUGGAGUCUCCAUGACCAAAUACUUCACUGACAACUGGGACAGCGUACAGAACUUCAAAGCCAGACCAGAUGACAUUCUUAUAGCUACUUACCCUAAAGCAGGAACCACAUGGGUCUCUUACAUCCUGGAUCUUCUGUAUUUUGGACAGACAUCUCCAGAGCGCCAGGCGUCCAUUCCUAUUCAUGAAAGAGUGCCGUUUCUGGAGAUCAGCGCACCUUCUCAUCCUUCAGGUAAAGACUUGGCAGACCAGCUUCCCACCACUCCUCGUCUCAUUAAAACUCAUCUACCAGUCCAGUUUGUGCCCAAGUCCUUCUGGGAGCAGAACAGCAGGAUAGUCUAUGUGGCUCGUAAUGCAAAGGACAGUGCAGUGUCCUAUUUCCAUUUUAACCGCAUGAACAUUAUCCAGCCAGAACCAGGUGACUGGAGCACGUUUCUAAAGGAUUUCAUGGAGGGAAAGAUGGUGUUUGGGUCAUGGUAUGACCAUGUGAACGGCUGGUGGGAGAAGAAACCAACGUAUUCAAACCUUCACUACAUGUUCUAUGAAGACCUGAUUGAGGACUGUGGACGAGAGAUAGACCGUCUCUGUUCCUUCCUUGGUUUGUCUCCUUCAGCUGAGGAGAAGGAAAGAGUCACAAAUGGAGUGACGUUUGACAACAUGAAAGCAAACAAAAUGACAAACCUUUCUACUGUCCAGAUUUUGAAUCAUAAGGUGUCUCCUUUCAUGAGAAAAGGGAAAGUUGGUGACUGGAAGAACCAUUUCACUGUGGCCCAGGAUGAACAGUUUGAGGAGGACUACAAGCAGAAGAUGAAGAAUCCUACACUGAAGUUUCGUACUGAAGUUUAAAGGCUUAAUGAAGAGUCCUGAACUGUGAUUCAUUUGAUUAGAAUGUUGAGGUUCCUGAGUCAGAUGUUAUGUUUGUCAAGGAUAUUGUUUAAUUAGUGUGACAAAAUUCUCUUCAUUGUGAUGUCGACUGACAGCUUUCAUAUGUUUAUCGGUUGUUGAAUCUUGUGAAUAACAGCUGUAAUCAAUCAAGUGACUUAAACACCGCCCUUUCUAGUCUCCUGGAUUCAGUUGCAUCUCUUACUACGAAAACAAACCAGUCAAAGAGGGCAUCACCCUGGUUUUCUAAAAGAAUGUGCUACUAAGCCUGCAGGAGACUACCUCUCUUGUACCAUGAGUUUGUGUUUACUUACAAGUGUGCUGUCUGCUGCACAUUCCUAGGUUUCUUUUUGACACUGUAGCUGAACUUACUCCACAGCUGUCUGUUAGCUGCUCAACAUUCACUGCUCAUGAUUUUUUUAUAUUUCUUUUCUGCAGAAACAUAAAUGAGAUAAGACAGGUA